UUCUCUGGCUUGAUCUGCAUCGGCGCGUUUCUGAUCCCCGAGUCGCCUCGGUGGUGCUACGUCAACAACAAGCGCGACAAGGCCCGCGCCAUUCUCACAAAGUGGCAUGGCUUGGGUAACGAACAGUCUCCCUGGGUGCAGCUCCAGCUCCAAGAGUACGAGUCUCAUCUCAAUCUCGAGGGUUCAGACAAGCGUUGGUGGGACUACCGGAAGCUCUUCGACUCCCCAUCAUCUCGCUAUCGCGUCGCUUGCAACUGCGUCUUCGCCAUCUUCGCCCAAUGGGCCGGCAAUGGUGCCUUGACGUACUUCCUCCCCGCCGUCCUGGACACCGUCGGAUACACGGGCGAUGGUACCAAGGCUCGUAUCAACCUCGGCUACGCCUGCUUCCAGUUCUGUUUCGCCCUGUUUGGUGCCGCUUUCGUUGAUCGCUUUGGCCGCCGCCCCUUGAUGCUCUUCUCCAUGUCAGCCGCCUGCAUCUGCUGGGUUGGCGUCAGUUCGGCUGCCGGUAUAUACAACAACUCGGGUGGUGAUAACAAGGACGCGGCCCGGGCUGUCAUCGCCAUGAUCUUCAUCUUUGGCGCUGUAUACUCCGUCGGCAUCACGCCUCUGCAAGCCCUGUACCCUGUCGAGGUUCUCUCCUUUGAGCUGCGUGCCAAGGGCAUGGCCUUCUCCAAUCUUUCGGUCAACGCCGCUGGCUUGCUGAACCAGUUCGCCUGGCCCAUCAGCCUCGCGCAGAUCGGAUGGAAGACGUACUUUGUCUUCCUCGGCUGGUGUGCCGUCCAGACAGUCGUCUUCUACUUCUUCCUGCCCGAGACAAAGGGACGCACGCUUGAGGAGCUCGAUGAGAUCUUUGCUGCCCCUCGCCCUGUCAAGGCGUCCCUGCAACGUGCCAAGAUCGCUGUCAACCACGACAACAAGGUCCUGGCUGUGGAGGAAAGCUGA